AUGUCUUCCGCAGACAAGGGCGAAGUCACCACGACCAUCACGGCGACGACGCACGUCACCCUCCCUCCCAGGUCCAACGCCGAGCUCAACCCGAAAUCCAAGGCCACCGAAUUCUUUGGUCCCAUCGGCACCGCCGCCGUCACUUUCGGCACUCCCUUUACUGCCUACGCCUUGUUCUACACCUGCAAUGAGGUGACCGGAUGUGCUCCUUCGGGCGCUGCUGGGUGGCAGACCAUGUUUGACAAUCUCGCGCACUGGCCCACUGUCGCCGGCCAGUGGUGGGACUGGACCGCCGCGGGCGUCUACCUUGCGUGGUACACUUGGGUCGUUGUCUGCUGGGCCGUCCUGCCUGGAGAGUGGGUGGAGGGUAACCUCCUCCGCGACGGCUCGCGCAAGAAGUACAAGAUGAACGGUCUCUGGGCUCUCAUCCUCACCCUUGGUGUCGUUGCCGGUGUCCUUGCCAACCCCGGUGGCAUCGACCGCUUUACCUGGGUGUACGAGCACUGGGUGCCCCUCCUCUCUGCCUCGCUCGUCAUGGCGACCGCCCAGGCUCUCUGGGUCUACGUCUGGAGCUUCAAGUCGGGCGAGCUGCUCGCUCUCGGCGGCAACUCGGGUGUCUUCAUUUAUGACUUCUUCCUCGGCCGCCCUCUGAACCCCACGUUCCCGGGCUUCCCCAACUUUGACAUCAAGACGUUCAACGAAGUCCGCCCGGGAAUCAUUGGCUGGGUUGUGCUCAACAUUUCGUGCGCUUGCGCCCAGUACAAGAAGCACGGCUACGUCUCGGACAGCAUGUGGUCGGUCCUCGCCUUUGAGAUAUAUUAUGCGUUCGACUGCCUCCUCACCGAGCCUGUCAUUCUCAACCAGAUGGACAUUACCACGGACGGUUUCGGCUUCAUGCUCUCGUUUGGCGACCUCACUUGGCUCCCCUUCACAUACGGCCUCCAGGCGCGUUACCUCGUCUUCUCGCCCGUCCACCUCGGCCCAUACUUUACCGCUGCCGUCGUCGCCCUCGAGGUGAUUGGCCUGUACAUUUUCCGCGUGUCCAACAACGAAAAGUCCGACUUCCGCAACGGCAAGAACCCCAAGAACCUGACCUACAUGGAGACCCAGCGCGGUACCCGUCUCCUCACCUCGGGCUGGUGGGGUCGUUCCCGCCACCCCAACUACCUCGGUGACUGGAUCAUGGCCUGGGCUUGGUGCCUGCCCACGGGCUUCAAGAGCCCCGUUCCUUACUUCUACGUCGUCUACUUUGCCGUCCUCCUUGUCCACCGCCAGAUGCGCGACGACGAGGCGUGCAAGGAGAAGUAUGGCAAGGACUGGGACAAGUACUGCAAGCUUGUUCCUUACAAGAUCAUUCCCUACGUCAUUAUCCCCCUCCGAAUCUCGCGUGAUAGCCUGUCGUAG